AUGCAAGCCUUCGCACCCACUACAGUUCAUUCUGGGCAGACACAGACUUUAGUACUGUUCACAGGAGCAAAAUCGGCACAGACAAGUCGUACCAAAGUCAGAAAUGCAAGACAAAGGAAAUUGCAAUGCCACGCAUCCUUAGAGAGAGAGGGCAGCGCAUCUGUGAAGGAAAAGAAGGAACGAGAUUUUGGCUUGGGUGAUAUUCUGGGACCUAUCGGGCUGACUCUGGGGGGAUCUUUGAAUAAAAAGGUACGGUUUAUUCUUAUUGAUAAAUAUGGCAAUGGCUUGGACCUUGGUCCGAUUGCGUUAAGCUUUGGCGGCAGCACAAAUGAAUCUCGAGGUAGGCUGACAGCGGCCUUUGCAGGUGAGGAGUCGUAUGCAGAAGCAUCCACAUCAGGAUUACAGAGCAUACACAGCAUGAAGACAGAGGAGUGGCAGCAGAAAUUUGAAGCAGAUGGCUAUGUGGACCUCUGGGUGGAAGAGGAGUUCAAUGCAGGCUCCAGGCUAGUGGGGGGACGCAGCGUGCACAAGGGGGGCGUUGCGGGGUACCAGAGCGGGGAGGGCCCCUCGGCCGGAGUGGCGACGCGGCACCAUGUUACAAUUCACAACCACCACGCUGGCCAGGUUGUGGAAGUGGACGUGCCUGAAGACAGGUACGUGCUGUGGGAGGCGGAGGAUAGGGGGCUGCUGCUGCCCUACGCCUGCCGCAUGGGCUGCUGCACCGCAUGCGCCGUUCGCAUCAAGGAGGGCGAAAUGUACCAGCCACAGUCUUUGGGGAUCUCAGCCGAGCUGAGGGAGGCGGGAUAUGGGCUCAUGUGCGUGGGCUACCCCAGAUCUGAUCUGGUGCUUGAGACUGUAGAGGAGGAUGAGGUGUAUGACAUGCAAUUUGGGCGCAGCUUUGCAGAGCAGGCGGUGGACCCCAACAACCCAGACUCCAUCGAGAGAGAUGACUGGGCCCUUGAAAUUGCCAACAUGGAUGAGUGA